AUGAGGGGGAGGCGGGCUCCCCGGCCGGGGUCCGCGGAGGUUCCCGCAGCGGCGCGCGAUGCCGACACGCUGCGGGCGGGAGCAGCAAGCCCGGCGCGCGGGCCCCAGCUCGCCGAAGACGUGGGGACGCCGACGGGAGGAGGGGAGGAGCGCCCGAGCCGCCAACCCCCGGCCGCGGCGCCGAGGCUGCGGGAGAGCAAGCCGCAGGGUGGAUCGGAAGACCGGAGGACGGCCGACCGUGACCUCCAGCGAGGCUGCCUGAGCCGGAGCCCGCGCACCGCCCCGCCGGUCCCGGGCAUGGGAGACCGCGGCGCGCAGCACGAGCGCGCGGCCCUGCAGUCCCCGGGGGCCCCCGAGGGCGCCGCGGCCGCCGUGAACGGGCUGCUGCACAACGGCUUCCACCCGCCGGCCGCCUGCAGCCGCGACCCGCCGCCCCCACGCUUCCAGCUCCCGUCCGAGCUGCAGCCGCAGCCGCUGUUCACCCAGCAUGAUUCUCCAGCCAAGAAAUGCCGGCUGCGGAGGAGGAUGGACUCCGGGAGGAAGAACAGGCCGCCAUUCCCGUGGUUUGGCAUGGAUAUUGGUGGAACCCUGGUUAAGUUGGUUUACUUUGAACCAAAGGAUAUCACGGCAGAAGAGGAACAGGAAGAGGUGGAGAACCUGAAGAGCAUCCGGAAGUAUUUGACUUCUAACACUGCCUAUGGCAAAACUGGGAUCCGAGACGUCCAUCUGGAACUGAAAAACCUGACCAUGUGUGGGCGCACAGGGAACCUGCACUUCAUCCGCUUCCCUACCUGUGCCAUGCACAUGUUCAUUCAGAUGGGCAGCGAGAAGAACUUCUCCAGCCUCCACACCACCCUCUGUGCCACGGGAGGUGGGGCUUUCAAGUUUGAGGAGGACUUCAGAAUGAUUGCGGACCUUCAGCUGCAUAAACUGGAUGAACUGGACUGUUUGAUUCAGGGCCUGCUUUAUGUUGACUCGGUUGGCUUCAACGGCAAGCCAGAAUGUUACUAUUUUGAAAACCCCACAAAUCCUGAAUUGUGUCAAAAAAAGCCAUACUGUUUGGAUAACCCAUACCCUAUGUUGCUGGUUAACAUGGGCUCAGGUGUCAGCAUCCUGGCAGUGUACUCCAAGGACAACUACAAAAGAGUGACGGGGACCAGUCUUGGAGGUGGGACAUUCCUAGGCCUGUGUUGCUUGCUGACUGGUUGUGAGACCUUUGAAGAAGCUCUGGACAUGGCAGCUAAAGGCGACAGCACCAAUGUCGAUAAGCUGGUGAAGGACAUUUACGGAGGAGACUAUGAACGAUUUGGCCUUCAAGGAUCUGCUGUAGCAUCAAGCUUUGGCAACAUGAUGAGCAAAGAAAAGAGAGAGUCCAUCAGCAAAGAAGACCUCGCCCGGGCCACAUUGGUCACCAUCACCAACAACAUUGGCUCCAUUGCUCGGAUGUGUGCACUGAAUGAGAAUAUUGACAGAGUUGUAUUUGUUGGGAACUUUCUCAGAAUCAAUAUGGUCUCAAUGAAGUUGCUAGCAUAUGCCAUGGACUUUUGGUCUAAAGGACAGCUGAAAGCACUGUUUUUGGAACAUGAGGGUUAUUUUGGAGCUGUUGGGGCCCUGUUGGAACUGUUCAAAAUGACUGAUACACAAUAGAGGAACAGCCCCUCGUGAGGGCAGAGGACUGCCGGGCAAUGCCAGAGAAGGUGACAUCUCCGUUGGACAGAAACCAAGCCACUGUAGUGGAUGAACCUGCUGUAUUUGUAAAUAAUUUAAAAUCUUAGACUUUUUGCUCUUAGGUUUCAAGCUUAUGAUACAAAAUGGGGAAUAUAAGAAUUUUUUCUGUAUACUGUAUUUUUUAAAAAAACAAAAAAGAAAAGAAAUUGUGCAGCGUGGCCAAACCUACCAAUUUCAUGCAUUGACUUUGGAAAAGUUGUAUGAUGUUUAAGAGUGGCCUGAAAUGAAAGCGCUGUCCAUUUUUCUUCUGGGGUUUACUGAUCAGUGUGGUAAUUUUAACUUCAUUUAGUAAUUACUCUAGGAGAUUCUGCCUUUACUUAUAAUUUUUCAUGACGUUUCAUGAUUUGCUGUUGGUUUCAAAUGAAACUACGAAUCUGGCAUGUUGCACUGUGAACACUUUGUUUGUUUGUUCUCUCUCUUUUUUUUUUAAUCCUUUCUGUUUCAAUGUCUUAGGACAAAAGAAAGAAAGAAAGAAAGGAAGAAAGAAAGAAAGAAAGAAAGAAAGAUCCCCUCCCUCCAUUCUUAUUCCUUGUGAUUUCUCUCUUCUCUGUCCUCAUUGUAAUUGCUCAUGUCAAUCAAGGUGCUGAUCAACUCAACACAAAGUUAAACACAUAAUCCACCGUUCUAAAAGUGUGACCAUGUGAGAAGACGUUAAAGGAAGGGGUUAAUGAAAGUGGCAAACAUGGAACAUUAUAUGCAAUUCUAUCUUUGUCUUCUCACCCCCUCAUCACUGUCAUGUCCCACUGGAUUUACUUUACCCUACAUUGAAAUAGCGUGAGAUGACGUGCCCUCCCUUGCGUAUGCCGUGUAUGAAGGGCAGCACACCCCUGUGUAAAUUUGGCGGGGUUCUCAUAGGUGAUCUGAUCACACUGGACUUAGGGCAGAAGUCCUGGGUUGAGAUGUCAGUUAGAAAUAAUGGUCUGUUUUGUACACGUCUGUACCCAGGAAAGUUGAAAGGAGACAUGCUCAGUAGUAACAGUAAAGAUUCUUUUUUUUUUUUUCUAAAUUUCUGUUUCAGUAUUUAAACUGAGAUCGGUACUUUAUUCCAUUUCUAAAACUUAAAGAUAAUUUAUGAUACACUCACACGAACGGACAUUUCGUUCUGAGAGGUUUUCAUUAGAUAGAUGGGUCACUUUCAAAUGAGGAUAUUGUGCACUUGCUGUAACAGGAGAUGGAGUGAUCUUUUGGAUUGAGGGUUCCCCUCCAAGAGCUUUUUUGAAAGGCCGUAAGGUUACUCCUUAGUCAGUCUUCACCUCUCUACCUUGUGGAGCCCCGCCCUUCAUUUCCAUAUCCUUAAGUCUUGAAGAAGUUGAUGCUAAUGGAAGAAAUCACUUGUCUGGUUUAAAUAAAGCCCGUUUGUGUUGGGAUGUUUUUAGUGUAUAUGUUAUUUUCAUUUCUUAUACCUCGUCUGUGUACUUAUCUGCUUUAUAUGUAAAGGAACAUAUAUGUAUGUUGA